UGGAUAGACGUGUAGAGAUACAUAUACGCUGUGGCUUUACCGGACUCGCAUCUCCAAGUCAUAUAAAAUGUUCAAGGCAAGCAUUAUGCUUCUUUGCUUGAUUGUGUUUGCAGCUCAUGCUCAUCAUGCUAAGCGAUCAACUUCCAACAACAACACCUCUUCUUUGUGGAAGACACUGACCGGAGAUGCGCCUUUAGCUAUUGCACGUGGUGGCUUUUCUGGAAUAUUUCCUGAUUCGAGUAUCGACGCAUACGAGUUUGCAUUGUUGACUGGUUUGCCUAAUAUAAUCUUGUGGUGUGAUGUACAACUUACAAGUGAUGGAGCUGGGAUCUGUUUUCCAGAACUUACUCUUGAUAAUGGUUCGGACAUUAGUAGCCUUUUUGACAGAAGGAAGAAAUCCUACCUUGUUAAUGGUGCAACUAGAACGGGAUGGUUUUCAGUGGAUUUCACCUUAGAUGAUCUCACAAAUAUAUCCUUAACACAGGGAAUUUACUCACGUACCAAUAUGUUUGAUCAAAAUUUUUUCCAAGUCGUUACUGUUGAAGAUGUGGCUAGGCAGUUGAAACGGCCUGGGUUAUGGUUAAGUAUUCAGCAUGAUGCAUUUUUCAGCCAACAUAAUCUGAGCAUGAAAAGCUUCGUAAUUUCUGCAUCUAGAAGUGGUAUUGUGAAUUAUAUUUCAUCACCGGAGGUGAACUUCUUAAGAAGUAUCGUUACACAAUUCAAGGAAAGCCCAACAAAACUUAUAUUUCACUUUCUAGGACAGAAUGAUAUUGAGCCUACGACAAACCAAACCUACAAUUCUCUCCUGAUCAACUUAACAUAUAUCAAAACAUUUGCUUCGGGAAUUUUAGUUCCAAAAACAUACAUAUGGCCUUUGGAUAGAGAUCUAUAUCUGAGGCCCCAUACCUCAGUCGUGUUGGAUGCUCAUAGCAAGGGACUUGAAGUUUUUGCAUCUGAUUUCUCAAAUGAUGUACCUUUUGCUUAUGAUUACAAUUACGAUCCUGUAGCUGAGUGUUUAAAUUUCAUUGACAAUGGCAACUUUUCUGUGGAUGGCAUGCUGUCCGAUUUUCCAAUAACUCCAUCAGAGGCCAUAGAUUGCUAUUCUCAUAUGGACAAUAAUCUUUCCAGAGCAGCAAUCCCUUUGGUCAUUGCUCAUGAAGGAUCAAGUGGAGUUUUCCCUGGUUGUACUGAUCUAGCUUAUAAACAAGCUAUAUCAGAUGGAGCUGACGUUCUUGACUGUCCAGUUCAAAUGACGAAGGAUGGAACUCCUUUUUGUUUAGGCUCUAUAAACCUUAUACAUGGAACCACAGCUGCUCAGAAUUUCAGUAACCUAAUAAUGAACAUCCCUGAGCUUGAUGGUAAUGGAAUUUUCUCGUUCAGCCUUGACUGGAGUGACAUACAACGUCUGCAACCUAUGAUAUCAAAUCCCCAUCAAGGUGCAUCAUUGUAUCGAAAUCCUAGAAACAAGAACGCUGGAAAUUUUGUGACAUUGUCCGACUUUUUGGCUUUAGCAAAUAAUGCAGAUUCUGUCUUAGGUGUCUUAAUCCACAUCGAGAAUGCAUCCUACCUAGCAGAAAAGGAGGGAUUGUCUGUGACAGAUGCUGUUGUUGAUGCCUUGAGCAAAGCUGGUUACAAUAAUCAGACAAGGAAAAAAGUAAUGAUUCAGUCUUCGAGUAGUGCUGUUCUUGUUAAACUAAAGGAGGAGAAAAACAAUUAUGAAUUUGUUUAUGAGAUUGAGGAGGAUAUCCGUGACACCCUGAACUCAACCAUUUUGGACAUAAAAAAGUUUGCCAAUUCACUGGUCAUCAACAAAAAUUCUGUUUAUACUCAAAACCUUAAAUUCCUCACGGGUGCCACAGGUGUUGUGUCAAAGCUACAGGCAUUUAAUCUAUCUGUCUACGUGGAACUUUUUCAAAAUGAGUUUCUUUCUCAAGCAUGGGACUGCUUCUCGGAUGCAUCCGUGGAACUGAACCUAUUUAUUGUUGGUUCAGGAGUUGAUGGUGUCAUUACUGAUUUCCCUGGGACAGCCAACAGAUACAGAAGAAAUCGUUGCUUAAAUCUAGGAAAGAAGACCCCCCGGUACAUGAUGCCUGUAGCUGUAGGUCCUGGCGAUCUUUUAAGUGUCAGCGAAACUCAGCCACCAGCUGAAGCUCCCAACCCAGUUCUGACCGUGUCUGAUGUGACGGAAGCCCCACUCCCUGCUAUUGUCGCAAAACCACAUACAGAUAGUGGCACCAGAAGUGAGGCUACAGCACCAUUACCAAAGCAACCAAGUGGGCAAGUUAAAGUAGGUAGCGGCUGUUUCAUGCUGAACCUUGUUGUACUUCUUAUAACUCUUAUACUAUUUUGAACAAAACAACAUUUUAUUUUCUCUGAUCAUCUAGCUUUUUCCUGCUUGUUUCAUUGUGGCUGAAGCUUUUAGAUGUUUGGAGCUCAGAUGAAGAUGACUUAGAUGUGUUUUUUAAAGAGCUCCUGGUCCACAACCAUCGA